CCACACUGUCCCGGGACUGCGAGCCGAGACCCCCUCUUUGUAGAGCUCGAGACUCUUGGGAUUUGUUUCUCAGGGAUGGCCGCAUCGAUUCUGGAGGAGGAAGCGCGUUAUGGCUCCAGUCCUUUGGCUAUGCUAACUGCCACCUGCAACAAGUUCGGAAGCACCAGCCCCAUCAGAGACUCCGCCACCCCCGGCAAGACAGGCAGCACCGCCCCAGGAAAGAAGCCCUACGCCCCCACCACCACCACCACCAUGACCACGGACCUCCAAGCGCCUAAGAACGGCCGCGGCAGCGAGGGCCUUCCCGACUCCUACACCGCCUCCUACGGCGCCGGAGGGGGCCUCUUGACGCCCACGGGCAGCCCGCCGCCACCCACCGUGGGCGGCUACGGCACCGAGUACAACCCCUUCUCCCACUCCUUCCAGAGCACCGGCACGCAGGACCCCUCGCUGCUGAUGAGCAAGGCCCACGCCACGGCCGACUGCCUGACUAGCGUCUACACCUCCCUGGACGUCACCCACCCGUACAGCUCCUGGUACAAGACGGGCAUCCACCCGGGCAUCACCACGGCGGCGUCCGCCAACGCCACCUCCUCCUGGUGGGACGUGCACCCCAACUCCAACUGGCUGAGCCCGGCGCAGCCCCAGCCCGACGGGGGCCUGCAGGCUUCCCUGCAGCCCGUGCCGCCACAGACCUCCCUCAGCCCCCAGCUGCCCAGCUACAGCUCUGACUUCACCUCCCUGAACCCGGCGCCCUACCCCUCGGUCGGCCUGGGCUCCUCCUCGCACCUGCUUCAGUCCUCCCAGCACAUGCUGCCGCAGGACAUGUACAAGCCCAAGCCGGUGCCCAGCGCGGGCAUCAUGGAGAACUCCAUGGGCCUCAAGUCCCCGCCGGGCACGGGCCGGUACAGCGGCGGGGGCGGCGGCGGCAGCACCACGGGCCGCUCCACCUGCGACUGCCCCAACUGCCAGGAGCUGGAGCGGCUGGGCGCCUCGGCCGCCUCGCUGCGCAAGAAGCCCGUGCACAGCUGCCACAUCCCGGGCUGCGGCAAGGUGUACGGCAAGGCCUCACACCUCAAGGCCCACCUGCGCUGGCACACGGGCGAGCGGCCCUUCGUCUGCAACUGGCUCUUCUGCGGCAAGCGCUUCACCCGCUCCGACGAGCUGGAGCGCCACGUGCGCACGCACACGCGCGAGAAGAAGUUCACCUGCCUGCUGUGCAACAAGCGCUUCACGCGCAGCGACCACCUCAGCAAGCACCAGAAGACCCACGCCGAGGCCGGCCUGCAGGGGAAGGGCGCGGGAGGGGAGGGCGGAGAGGCCGGGGACCCCAGGGUGGAGGACGCCAACGCCGACCCCAAUGGCGGCGCGGUCUCCGUGGCCACCGGGCCAGGGGUGACCGGGUCCGAUCCCACCACUAACGGAGAGGAGAAGAGCAACACGGGCAAUGGCGUGGAGACGAGCAGUGGACUGCUGGAGAUCUGACCUGACAGGACCGGACUGGACUUGGGUUAACUACGGCUGGGCCUUGCUGUUCUAUCGGUGCUAAGCGGGAGUACAGAAGUACUACGUGCGCGUAUGUGUGAGGUGUGGUUUUUUUUUUCUUCCUUUUUUUCUGUGAAGGAGGAGAGAGAACAAAAAAGACGUUUAUAUGCUCAGAAAUAGAUUUUUAUUUCGUCUCUCUCUCCCUGGUGCUGUGUGCUGCGAGCCAGAGUUGAGAAAUUGGACUGUUCGUUCAAUGUAAGCCAGCAACUUGCAAAAGGAAAAAAAGAAAGCCGAGAGACUUUCACAACUGUAAAGCUGCUGGAUGCUGCACACACCAGCACACAGAUACACGCAAACUCAAACACACGCGCACAUGUGCACACACUCUCGCACACACAAGACACGUCUACACACAUACACACACAUGCAAACACACUAGCAUAUACCACUAAAUCACUGGGAGAACCUCUUAUGAAGACAAUUAAAACAUUCCGAAAUAUGCAAAGUUGCAAAUAUUGUUUGGAGUGUUGAGUGAGUUACACAUGUAUCACUCAGCUGUAAUUUUGGCAUUUUUCUCUGAAACGCUUGUGAAACAGAUUUGUGAUGGUAUAUAUUUGUAUAAUAUACAUUUUGAUUUAUAUAUACAGUAUUUUUUAUAUUUAUAUAAUGCGUAUGUUAAAAAUAUGCAUUAUGUACAAUAUAAAAUGAUUAAAGUAUUUUCAUGAUGAAGGAACAUAAUGUUACCAGAUGAGCAGAAAUGAUCAUGCUCGUCUUGAAGUGACUGAAUAGUUGCUAUAAAUGUGCAGUUGUUGUUCUUUACAAAUAUUUUAUUUUUUUCUCUCAUUUUCCAUUUAAUUUCCUAAUUUAAUUUCCCUUUACUUCAUUUUUAAAAUUAUAUAACUUAUGUCUUAAAUUAUGAGAGAAUAAUCUUGCAUUUCAGAAGCAUUGCUCAGUGGCUAAAAGUCUGUAAGCUGGCCAGUUAGGAAAAUAAAUUAAUUGUCUUUUUUUAUUUGACUAUUUAUUGAGUGUUACAAAAUAUGAAUUUUGCAAAGUGGUGGUGGUGGUGCGUAGUUAUGAUGAUUCUGUUUCCAUUUUCCAGUUUGCUUUUUAAUGUUAUUUUCUCAUGAUGCGUCCCACUCUUGACUGUUAUCAUGCCUGUGACUUUGCUGAAGUUGAACGUGCCUUGUAGCCAGGACUGUACAUAUACAGUGACAAGAAUGAGUCGUUUUUGCCAAUAAAUUUUCCAAUCAUAUUCGUUUUUAUUUGUGAUUAAUUUGUGUCUUCAGUAGUUGGACUCUCUGAGGACAGA